UUUUUUUCGCUGGCAGCUUUCAAAUUCGCGGCGGCGAAGAAAGCGCGAACUUGAAGAAUUAAUUUGAGGAGCCGCUUUUUUGUGCAGGUAACUUCAAUCUUGCUCGUUCAACCGUUGUGCGUGCAACGGACGCGCCAACCAGAGAUGGCUUGGUAUCCAAAAAUAUUCGCCCUUAAAAAUAAAGGGGGCAGAGGCACGGAGCUACCAUUUCCAUCUGGACGUUGCUCAAUCGGCGGAGAUGCCUCGUGUGAUGUUCGUAUUCGGGGUGCAGGCUUAACUCAUUGCCUGCUUAUUGUUGACAUGAACAAGCAGGCUCAUGUCGUCAACGUCUCUGGCACAAAGGAUGUUCUCAAGAAUGAUGAACAUGUUCCAAACGAAGCCUUCUUGAACCAUGGCGAUAUUGUUACUGUUGGUUUUCGCCAGUUUCGAUUUGAGUGGGUGUCGAAAAAGAAAAAGAAAGAAGGAAUGCAUUCUUCACCAUUUACCAAUGAAGGUGCAAGAGAGAGUUCAACAUCAAAAGCUCAUGGAAGCGAAGAGGGUCUAGCAGCUCAACAGGUGAACAGUACACCUGGUGCGUCUACACCUGGCGUGUCUACACCUGGCGUGUCUACACCUGGCGUGUCUACACCUGGCGUGUCUGCACCUGGCAUGCCUAGACUUAGAGUUUCUACACGUGACGUGUCUACACCUGGCAUGUCUACACCUACAACUUGCUCCUUUGACCAAUCACUUUACAAGACCCCUUGCAUUCCGCCAGAAGAGUUUGUGUCACCACUGUCUACAACCAACUCAAGUGAUGCUGGUGAUAGAAGUGAAAGACAGAGUCGCUCCAGGAGUGCAGCAGCACAUGGAGCUGCAAGGAAUGUUGAAACUUCAACGCGGCCUAAGAGGCUUUCUUGGAGGGAUGGUUUAUCCUAUUCCUUGAGUGAUAUGUCAGACAUCUCCAGUUCUCGAAAAAUGUUGAGAGCAACAAGAAAAAGCUCUCUUUCAAACAAUCUUGCUUCAUCAAUACAUGAUGCAAGCUCUGUUCAGGAGUAUGAUGAUGCUGGCAUUCCUCCAGUUACAGAAUCUUCAGAUAAUGGCCAACUGUAUGAUUCAUCAGAUUCCACACCCUUAAUAGAUGAGCCAAGAAUGAAAGCAUUGGACUCGAGAAGUUCUCUGGCAAGCAUGACAUAUUCUCCCACUGAGCAUAGACGCUCUGCAUCACUCAAAAGUUUGAGUGAGGGUCUAGGAAAACGGCGUCGAACCUCUCAGAUUAUCACAGAGGAGCAGUCACCUAAACUGAGACGACAGAAUGGCUGUGAAGAUGUACAGGGUAUAUCUUUGGCUAUUCAUGAUGAUUGUAAUGGACAGUCUGUUCCAGAAAAAUCACCGAGCAAAAUCUCUGUUGACGACUGCACUUCUCGCAGUUUUGCGACAUCCAGUGCUGCUAAUGGAAUGAUUAUUGCCAGUACUCCAGUGGGAGGUGCUAAUACAAGAAAAAGUAGGAUGGAAACUGGCAGUGCUCGAAAGAGUUGCACAUUGCUGCGGCAGGCUCAGAAAAACAGGUCAGCUUACUCCAACUCUCACCCAAAGGACAGUGACCUAGCUUCUAAUGCUGCCUCACCAGAAUUGUCCUUUUUAAGUAGCCGUAGCAGUUCUCGCGUAGCACUUCAAAGCUUCAAGGGGAAGGAGUCACCAGGUGGGUUGAAGAAGACCUCCGACACUGUGGAUGACACCACCUUAGGCUGUGAGUUGUUGUUUGAAACUCCUCGAUCAUCAUUUAACUUCAGUACUAUGAGCUCCAAAGAAAACAGCAUGGUUUGUGAUAUGACUGAUUCUUCAGCUCAAAAGGAAUCUACCAGCCUGCUACACAUUUCUGCAAGAAGACGGUCCACUGCUUCGACAAGAAUGUCUGAACAGAAUGAGGUGCGGGAGCUUGAGCCUGUUGACACAUCACUGUCACGACGUACGAGCUCACCCAGCACGACAAAUGCAAAGUCCAGCCGCACACCAGUGCCAAAAAAAGUGAAUUACGAGGUACAAGAUGGCAGUACGCCUGGUACAGAACCUGCCCUGAAUGCUUCAAAAACGAAGUGCACAUCUGCAUUUAAAAUGUCAGAUGAAGGGACCAGAAAACAAGGAGAUGUAGCUACUCGGCAGUCCCUGAAAGUUUCGAGCACUAAGCGAACUUCAGUUCCAAAGAAGGUGAAGGAAGCCCCAGAGCGAGAAACCCUGGACACAUCACUACCAGCACAGGUCCGUGCCGGCAACUUGUACGUUUCCCAGGGGAAUGCCUCUGGGUUUGGUGGUUCUUCCACAUCAAUGAAUGCGACUGCAGGAGAUCCUGAGUACGUUGACUCACCUACAAAACUAAAUGCUUCAAGGUCUCAACGGACGCCGGCCUUAAAGAAGGUUAACGAAGAAACCCCAAAGCAAAAUAUGUCAGGCACCCGUAAAUCUGUGAAUGUUGGUGGAACCAAGAAAGGAACACCAGCUGCAAGCUAUGUGAAUGAAAAAGAACAAGGUGCUGCAAGCAUGUCUCCAUUUAAGGAUGAAAGUUCAAAUGGCACAUUUUUUUCAAUGGGAGAGCUUGUUGCCUAUGCAAGGAGAUCUGGCCGUCUGUCGACUUCACAAACGCCAGCUUCAAGGAAACCGAGCGGAAAGUUCCCUGAGGAGGAGAUUGUUAAGACUCCUGAGAUAAAUAAAUCAACUCAGGUCUUUGAUAUCAUAGAUGGAAUGGACCCACAACAAAUCACAGCUGACAAAACUAAUGGAGAGACUGUAGCAGAUGAGGAGGCUGCUUUGGAAAAGUCCUUUGGGUCAAGAAGCACAAGAUACAGCUGCACACCUAUCUCCAAUGUGACCCAUCUUGACACUCCUGAGCAGGUGGCUGUAGGCAGGCGAAACAGCUCAAGUGUCUCAAAAGUCAAGCAGUCUCCAGCUUUGAAGAGAGCAAGCAGAGGGGGUCAAAAGCAUGAUAGUGGGGCGGACACUUCAGUGGCCUUCAACACCUCGGGACCUAAGGAAACAGUUCACUCAGGAGAAGUAGAAGACUUUGAGCAGCAGGCAGUAUGGGCAUCCCCAUCAAAUCAUUUGACCUUGGAAUGUUCGGAUGUCGCUGUGGGCAAGUCUGCAAAGACAAGGAGAUCUACUCGCAUGCCAGAUGCAAUGAAUAUUUCAGCAGGAAAGUCUACACCAGCAAAGUCUACAAAUCAGGAAAGUCUACAUCAGCAGUCUGUCAGAACUUCAGGAGCAAAGCGAACACCAGGAUCAAAGAAGUUGCAGAAAAAUGAUGAGGCUGCUGACCCAAAGUCACCUUCAGAUGGUAUGCAUGAUGAUCUAGAACAGUCUGUCAGUACUGAAUUGCCGGAGGAGCCCAUUGACAGCACACCAAACAUUUUGAGUUCUUCAAGAGCUAAGCGUACACCUGCUUCCAAGAAAGUGAAUAAUAAAACGGAACCUUUAGAAACAGCGUUGCGGAGCACAUCACCAUCCAAACAUGUCACCGCAAGUUGCGCAAUGGUAGAGCCUAACAGGAAAAAAGAUUUGCGGACCAGUUGCACACCAGUCUCAAACAAAGCCAGUGCAGAAGUACCUCAAGAAAGAGCUGUGAACACACCAGAGACCGUGAAUAUUUUGGCAACGGAAUAUGUGCCAGUAAGCAAUAAGGAUUUGUUGUUCUCGAAAACUUCAGCAGCUCAGAAAACUCCAACAAAUCAAGAGGAAAAGGCAACUGAACAGAGGACAAAAGGCAGAAUAUCUGGGGCUCUUGAAACUUCAGACAAUGCCAGUUUUUCUGCGGACAAGUCUGUCAGGAGGAGAAGUGCAAGAUUGAGCCACUCGCUUGCAUCAGAAAAGCUAAAUGCAGACAUGCUAGAGCAAGACAUAGUUAUUACAGCAAGCACUGAGGGUCCUUCAAGAGCUGUGCACACACUAGCCUCCAUUUAUGCAGCAACUACAAAGCAAGAUAUGGUGAAGACUCCAAAGCCCCUCAGAGCUGUUGAAUUGACAAGAAAACAAGCUACAACCAGUGCAAACAAAAAAACCCAGCAGCAUGAUACUGAAGACAUAUUUCUAUCUCAAGUUGCAACGCCUGAUAGCAUAACUGCUCCAUUGGAGGGCUCUGUUAAAGCAAGACGUGGGAGAUACACCAACACGCCAGUCUCAAAAGAAGUAAGCGCCGGGACACUACAGCAGAAUUCACUUAGUCCAGUUGUAUUGAAUACAACAGUGAAGCACACACCAGGAUCUCUCAAUGCAAAUAGAACGACUGUCGAGCAACAAGUUGUAGGCACCCCAAAGCAAGAUGUGGUUGACAGUCAGCAGUCUCGUAGAGCUUCAAGGGCUAAGCAGACACCAGCUCCAAGUGAUGUUAAUUCAGAGAAAAAGGUCCCAGGACAGGAGACAGCUGGCAGUUCCCCAUCCAAAGAGCUUGCUUCAGAAGGUGUCACAGCAGAAAAGUUUUCUGGGCGAAGAAGUGCUAGAUCUAGCUGCACGGCAGCAUUGAAGACAGAUGAAAAGAUAACUCAGGAGAAAGAAGCUACACCUAGCACAAGUCUUUCAGUUGAUAAACAAGUGCCAUUUGUAGGGGAGCAAAAUGCCAUGACCCCAAAGCAGAGGUCUUCAGUUUCUCCAAUCAAGAGAGCUAAGCACACACCAGGUUCAGCCAGGAUACAUGAAGAAGCAGAUGUGUCUAGACAGGAGACAGCACUCGAGCCAUUAGCGAAGUAUGUCUCAAACACUAAUGAUGUUGCAGUGGAAGAGGCUGUCAGGCCUACAAGGGGUAGGUCCAGCUGCACAAUGGCAUCAUUGAAAGACUCUGUAGCUACCUCAGAGUCUGAUAACCCAACGCCAUCAUCGGGGAAGGCAAAAAAGGCACAAAAACAAGUCAGAGUUAGUACUCCGAAGUCCUCAAAAGUUUUAAAAAUGAAACAGAAGCAAGCCUCCGGCCAAGUGAGAGAAGAGGACGAUGACGCACAGCACGAACCAGUGCAGUUGCAGUCUGAUGACGUGACUUCAAAUGAUGCAGAUGAUGAUACUGUGGGCUCUGUCAUGAAUAAGAGUGCCAGAACUGGCGGCACACCAGCCUCAAAAGACGAACACUUAAAUGCAGUGGAGCACGAAGUGGUUGGUACAACAAGCAGGUCAAGGUCUAAACGGACAUCAGCCUCAAAUAAGGUUAAUGAAGAUGUCAUGGAGGGUGAAACAGACACUCCAAAGUUGAAAGCUGGGAAGGCCAGGCGCAAGCCAGUGUCAAGCAGUGUGGAUGACCAAGAUAAAGAAUCUGAGCAAGAGCUGAGGGGAGUGCUGCUGUUAGAACAUGAAACUCCAGGUGUAACAGAUGUUGCUGUGGAGGAGACCACUAUCAGGAGUGCCCGGUCGCGCCGCGUGCCAGCUCCAAAGAGCACAGAUCAAGGUGUUGCAAAGUCGGAAAAUGGAGCAACUUCAAGUUCAUCCAAAGUUAAGCGGAAACCAGUUUCAAAAGCCACAAAUGAAUGCCCUGAGCUUGAUACAGCAAAGUGUUCAAAUGUUGCGGGAGCUAAGGGAAGGCCAGGAUCUGGAAAAAUUCAUGAGGAAGAGGAUACUUCAACAGAUACGAACAAUUUAAAUGUUGCAUUAGAGGGUUCUACCAGGCCUGUAAGAAGCACCAGGUCAAGUCGUACCGUUGCUUCAAGAAAGCUGGACACCAAUGUCUUGGAGCAGGAGACGGCUGAGCAACAACAGCCGAAGAAAACUAGAGCUAAGCGAACGCAAGCAGCCAAGAAAGUGCCUGAGGAGGAGGUCCCAAGUUCAUCAGUGGAACUGUUGGCAGAAAAUCUGGUUUCAUCAGAAAAGGAACCAACUGAAAGUCCAGUGCAAGCUCAAAGAAAGCGUGCUGUCAAGCAGGGCAAAAAAUAUCAAAAUUGUGAGCCUGCCGAGACUGAGCCUGAGAAUGAGGUAGUCGCACCUCCACCAACUACCACGCGGAAAGGCCGAGGGAAGCGUCCACCUGCCUCCCAAGAGGAUGGUACAGAAACUCAGACUAGCACUGUUGAAGACGAUGGUGGCACUAAUAAAAAGAAGAGGGCCCGUCUACCAAAGCAAGUAGCUCCUCCUAUGGAUGUGUUGGAAGAGAAUGGGGCUGAAGAGCAGAGUGAAAAAGUGGGCACCUCUUCUAAGAGCUCUAGGUCACGCCGUGUUGCCACAUCGAAGCAAGAACCAAAUGACGAGGCUCUAGUGAGUGAUGCUUCACACACUGAUGAAGUAAUGGUACGAAGAAGCAAGCGCAAGGCUGUUCAAGAGGCCGGCGUUGUCAUUGACCAUGCCACUGUAGAGGUUACUCCAAAGAAGACCAGAGGAAAACGUGCCAAAGCAGUGGAAAGUAAACAUGUUGACGAGGAGGGCUCUUCCGCUAAGGCAUUAAAGAGCGGGCAACCUGAAAAGGUGGCACCUGCAAGAAGGACACGCAAGAGGGUGUAGGAACACUCACACUUGCAUUCUCAUUUUACUCUUUUACUUGAAAUAAAUGCUUGUACUCUGAUACUGGA